CCCUCUUGCAUCACCUCCUCUAAUCCUCUUUCACCCCAAUAAUAAUAAUGUACUUCACACGCUCGUUGCUCAUCGCCCUCGGCGCAGCCAUUACUGCCUUUGCACAGGGCACUGGCUCUCAAGCGAACCCCUUCAACAUCCCAACUACUGGCCUCCAAGCUACUGCUGGCGAGCCGUUGACCCUCUCAUGGAAGCCCACCACCUCUGGCACCAUUUCCUUGAUUCUGCGCAGUGGCAGCAGCAAUAACCUUGCUGCCGGAACUGUCAUCGCAUCCAAAAUCGCCAACACCGGAUCCUACACAUGGACUCCAGACAAGGACACCACUCGUGGUUCCGACUACACCAUUGAGAUUGUCAGCGAUAGCGAUUCAUCCGCCACCAACUACACCCCAUACUUCGUUCUUCAGAGCGACAAUACUGUCGCUGCCACGACCAGCAAUGUGACCCUCGGUGCUCCAAGCUCCACCCUCUCUCUCUCCACCGCCGCUGUUACUGCCAGCCCAAGCGCUUUCCCAACUACCAACAUGUCCGGCAGCAUGACCACCAUGACUGGAACCUCCUCCGGAUCAAAGACCACCGAAACUGCCCGCGCAUCCGGCUCCAAGUCGUCCGCCAGCGCGACUGGUUCAGCGACAUCCGCAGCCGGUGCUGCUCGCGCUACCGUCAUGGCCGGUAUGCUCGGAGCCGUUGCUCUCGGUGCUCUCGUUCUGUGAAGAGGAUGAAUAUGUAAUGCGACGGCCUGCUGUUGUGUGAGCGUGCUGCACAUGUACAAAGAGAUUCGAGAACGUCAUGGAGACAAUAUGAAGUUUUCGAAGUGCUUCUUGUAGAUAUAUUGGAAUACGAAAAGAUGGAGGUUGCG